AUGGUGCGAAUACGUUCGCGAUACCUCCUUAGGCCCAGGACUCGAGAAACGCGCCCACGACUUUCUGCAGUUCAAACUUGGAGCCGCGACCUGUGGGACACUGUCUUCGCCACCAACACCCAUCCCACUCUGGCGCCGGGGAAGAAUGUGUUUCUGGUCAUCGUGAUCGCGUCUGCGCCUUCUAACACGCGUCGGCGGAACGCCAUUAGGUCGACGUGGGGUCGACCUUCUACGGAGUCCAGUAGGUUCGACCACAACACGUCCUCGACAAUCUUGCCCGUAUUCAUGGUCGGCGAAUGCGAAGAUUCUUCUCAAGGGCGCCUGAUACGCAAGGAGGCUAAGGAAUUCCGCGACAUGCUGGUCGGCACCUACUUGGACACCUACCGAAAUCUGACGCUCAAGACAGUCCACGGCUUCCUCUGGGUCGCCGAUCACGUGAGGCCCAGCUUCGUCCUCAAGACGGACGAUGACUGCUUCGUCAACGUCGGCGUACUGCUCGACGUCUUGGCGGAAACCGUGGUCUUUCAGUCAGAACCCGUCGAGACGGGCUUUCUGAGGUACCACUCGGGGAGCGAGAUGCCUCAGCACGACGGGGCCGCCAAUGACCUGGCGACAUCGUCGUCUUCGAGUCACGGGAGUGCCAGGCGUGCCGUCGUCGCCAGAGUACCGUCCCCUCUGUACGUCGGCAACAUCAGAUGGAGCAAUCAGGUCGUCAGGGACCCCAAGAGCCGAUGGUUCGUUUCUGAAAAGGACUAUGCCAGGGGUCAAUACCCGCCGUACGGAAGCGGAGGUGGCUACGUACUGGACGCCCGCGCUCUCGACGUUUUCGCCAGGAACGUGCGUCGAGUCAGACCCUUCGCGAACGAGGACGCUUACGUCGGCACGGUGCUCGGCGAGUCUGGCGUGAGACCGGUGCAAAGCUACCGGUUCGUGUCUCAGCCGUCGGGCCUGUGGACGUGCAACUUUCUCUACGUCGUGGUCAUUCAUGGAGUGUCUCACGACGAUCACCGUAAACUACUCGACAAGGUGAGGGCCGCGAGGGAACAGUGUCGCGAUGUGGAACGUGACGUCGGUUGGGACUGA